AGAACCGAGGAGAGUGGUCUGGACAUCUUAGGAAGUAGACGCUGGUUUGAAUUGUAAGUUGAGAGAAAUAUAAAACCUGCAAGUUAAUUUCCUCGAUAGGUCCAUCCUGGGAAUGAUACACCGACUACAACAGAAGACUCCCUGGGCUGUUGAAGUGGCUUUUUAAAGAUUUAAAAAGCUUGUGGAAGAUCAUUCAGCACAUCAUUCAGACUGAAACAGCACAGACUGACAAUUCUGAACUUGCCACUUCACCAGAUGGAGAACAGCCAAUGUCAGGAUCCUAAAGAAGACAAUGCUUUUCUCUGCUUUCAGAGAACACCUUCCCUUCGCCGGAAAUGGAGGAAGAGAUAUGGAGGCUUAGAUGGCAAUAAAUUAUUGGAGCCAAAUGAGGAAGACGACAUCCAAGAAAACGGCCUAAUGAAAGAGCCCUAUCAGGAAAGGAAUUCUCCUCUGACAAGGAGUGCAGAGAAUCAGGAGACUCCCACUAUGAUGAACCUAGGAUGUCCUGUGUUAAGAACCACUUUCCAGUCCCAGAAACCAGCCAGCUUUGUGACUGCUGGACCAGCAGGAGCCUCGGCCUACAUCAGCAAUGAGAGCCAGAAGUCUUUAGCUCCCCAGGGAGGGCAGGCGCGCAGCUGCAGUCCUCUGAGGCAGAGCGUCAGGAGGCUCGACGGCCAGCAGGCACACACCAGAAAGAAAGUGGCAGCAGAUGUCUUAUUUGAAAGUUUUGCCUCAGAAGGAAGAGUGAACAUGACUCAGUUUUUUGAGACAGUGUGGAGCUCUGGAAUUCGGAAAACAGACCCCCGGAUUAAGGACUGUUACUUACUAAUGCGGAAGCUUCAGGAGGCAGAUGGCACCGUGGACAGAAACAACUUCCACAGGUGUGUGACCGGCUUUGUGUCUUUCAUUCUGAAAGCUCUGCAGGGAAGGUUUAUCAUUCCUGAUUUUGGCACAUUCACUGAAGAAACCCAGAAGAUUUUCCUGAAGUGCAAACAGCUGGAUUCUAUCAAGCUGGAGCAGAAUGCUGUAACCGAAGACAGAGGGAAAUGGGGAGUCUCUAUUUGUACAAUAGAUGGACAAAGGCUGUCUCUGGGGGACUGUGUGGAGCCCUGCGUGCUUGGAGAGGCAUCCUGGCCAUUGAUAUAUGGCAUUACCGUGGACCAGCUCAGCGCUGACUACGUACACAGAUUUGUGGGAAUGGAGGAGUUUUCAAAAUACGAAUCACCUUUCACGCUCACCAAAGAAGGAAUUCCCCACAGUCCACUUGUUGAGACAGGAGCCAUUGUUGCUACGUCCUUAUUGCAGUUAGCAGCAGGACUUGGUGCAGAAGAAGAGGAGAAGUAUGAAUCUGUUCUGAAUCUAAUCAGAAGACUCUGCAAUAAAGAAAAUGCCAGUCUGAAUUGCACCAGUUAUCACAGUCUGAGAAAAGACAGCAUCCACCUUCAUGCCCUCUCUUUCUUUCUCCAGGAAAAGAAAUGUUUUCCAGAGUCUGUUGAUAUUGGCACCACUUUGGAUCUGAUGCUACAGUGUUUAUCUACAGAAGUCACGUGCGAGUCCGGGGCAGCUAUGGCCGCCACCUUAGCCAAUGGCGGGCUCUGCCCCUUGUCUGGUGACCAGGUCUUGAGUCCCUCCUCUGUCCGAAGCAUGCUGUCCAUCAUGCAGGUGGCGGGAAUGAACAACUACUCAAGGACAUUCCACUUUAAGACAUCUGUUCCAGCCAAGUCCAGCAAAUCAGGGACCUUAUUAGUUGUGGUGCCAGGAGUCAUGGGAGUAAUGUGCUUGUCCCCAGAGCUGGACAGCUUUGACAACUCAUGGAAGUCGGUCCACUUUUGUCAGGAACUGGUGUCAGCAUUCCAGCUACACAGCUUUGAUAUAAGAACUCCAUUUCGUCAGGUGGUCACAUACAGACAGUGGAAAGCGGAGUCUGAGGGGUAUCAGAUAAUGAAUGUAUUGCUAGCUGCCUACAGAGGAGACGUCCGGUCACUAAGGAGGUACUUUCUGUCAGGAACAGACAUCAAUUGCAUUGACUACGACGGAAGGUCAGCUCUGCACGUCGCCGCCUCGGAGGGGCACACUGAGGUGAUAAAAUUCCUUGUCGAGAACGCUGGGGCAGACUUCGCUGCUCAGGACAGGUGGGGAAACACACCUCUUCAGGAAGCAGUGAGAUACAAUCAUGUUCAUACUGUGCAGCUACUCAAAAGGUACAAAGAACACCAAGAAUCAUCAUGAGCAAUCUACUGAGCACAAGAAAAGGAAUCCACAGCACUGUGCAUCUGCAGGAAGCAGACAGUCCCCUAUCAUUUUCUUGCCAUACUUAAGACAAUAAAAUUGUGAAUAUACUUCUUCAAAGUAUAGAUCUAUUAUUACAGUGGCCAGUGAAGAGUCAUCUUGUUAAUCCUAAAAUUAGUACUCUUCCCAAUAUACAGAAAAAACAGCCUUGUUUUCACACAUCUGGAAAGAGCUCAGGUAUCUGGUAUUGUUUACCUUGGCUUUAAACUAAUGCUCUGUAUUAGAAAGUAAAAGUUCAUAAUGUUUUGUGACUGAUAAAGUAAGAAUGCAUUCACUAUGUUGCAAAUGCAAGACUGGCCAGUUUCUAGCAGCUUUAAUAUUAUUUUUAUUUCACAACCACAUUUUCCCUGUGGGCAUUAACAAUCUACAGUAUCCUACAAUAUUCUGAAAGCACUGACUGCACAACAGCACUAUGUACUUCUAGUUCUUAUAAUGUAGUGCCAGUACUUAAAUACCAUGUUGUUGCAAAUUCCCCACACAACAGCCAGUUUCUAAUAUUUCUGAGACACACCGCUGCCAUUUUGAAAACAGUACACAUCAGCCAAAAUAUUUACCCUGUAAACACAAAAUGUUUCAGGAUUGACUUCCAUGUCAAUGACAUUAGUACAUAUUUUAUUUUACAGAAGACAAGACUGUACAAAUUCUUGAUGCACUCCUAGGAUGGUUUUCAACUAUGACCAUGUUUGACAUUUACAUGAAAACGCUGAAGUCUGGGAAUUUGUUUUUUCUUGGUUUCUGCGUGUAGUUGUGGUGGCUGUGGCUAUCAAUAUUAGCCUGCUGAUGUCAGCAAUUGCUGUGGUCAUGUACAUGCUAGAUACAGCUCCUUGAGAAGUUCCUGAUGAGAGUGAAGGAAGCACAUUUCAAACAUACAGUUAGCAGAUGAGCUAUUUUAAAAUGUAUGAAAAGUAUGAAACCAUAUGCUGUAGCUUACUUUUUGCUAAAAAAAAAA